AUGCAGCGUUUGCCGCCGCCGCUGGACACCCACUGCUGGUGCAAUGGGAAGACGAUUCGCAUCCUCCCGGGCUGGUGUUCCAACUACACGCUCCGCCGGGACAAAGACCUCCUACGGCUGGGGCAACAGAGCGACUGGCUCCUGCUGCAUGCAGGCGGCCGAGCGACCAUUCCCUUCAAGGGUCGAGCCUGUGGCUUGAUGACGCUGCUGGGACCCGAUGCUCCGAGCUUACAAGUGCAAGUCGAUGGGCUGCCGCUUCAAAGGGUCCAGCUACUGGAUCGAUGGUGCUACUACUGGAGGGAUGCAGUGGUCUUGCUUUGUGAUGGACUGGCUGAUAGCACUCACACGCUUCACCUGGAGGUGGAGGCCGCGCCGCCGGAGCACGGCAUCCUGAAGCGUCCGGCGAGCUCGGAGCUGUGGACCCACUUCGUGGCCGAGGCUCGAGCGCAAGGUGAUACUGAGGAAUAG